UGUUGGCGAACCGACCAACAAAGGUAGGUACUGUCCGGUCGUUAGCUUACAGCUGAGCGGUACCUUAACACGUCUGAGUUGGCAGCCAUUACACGUAUGGCUCAAUUCGUUGUAACUAGCGCAUGUACUCCAGAAGCCAAAGAAAAGGUCUCGGACACUGCGACACGCCAUUUUCCGUCUGUCACAACUGGACUGUUUACGGUAGCUUCACCUCAAGAAGCUGCUGCCCUUGCUAGUACUCGGUGCUUACUACGUACAUACGUGUACACGCCCACUUUCAUCGGCCUUCUUCCAGAUUUUCGAAUCUUUCCUUUUUCAGCUUCCUACCUUUCCACAUCUGACUGAAAGACAGCCUCAGUGCCAUACAACGGAUGGAUGCAUAAUGUCACCAUGGCCAGUCUUUCUUCCAAAGUUUCUCGCACCAAGACUGUCCGCUCGGCUGGGACAAGCAGCAGCAGCUUGAGCAAACCUAUAGGAUUCUCCCGGAGCACCGCUUCGGCUACCAGUCACGCCAGUCACACCACUUACACCAGCUCCGUCACUAGCGCGACCGGCCCGCCGUCAUCGACAACCAAACCUACUACAAACACGUCUAAUGCUUCCAAUGUUUCCAACAUUUCCUUAUUUCUUACCAACCUUCGAUUGCUGGAUCUGGACUUGCUCCCGGAUUGGCCCGAUAUCAAUACGGCCACCUUCAGCGUAAAGGAUGCAGCGCAAGGUCAGAAGAAGCGCAUUCAGUGCGUUGAGUGGGCUCUCUAUCAGCUCUUCAACCUAUGGGACCCCGAAGAAACUCGAAACAAGCUGAAGCCCUUCUUUCCGCCUCUCGAAAACGUCCAAUCCCUUAAUUUGCGCGCCGCUCUCGUCCGGAGCCUAGAACAGGCCAAGAAGAACGGCGUGCUUGGCCGGGAUGCGAUAGUGCGCAAGACAAUGCUCGACGAGUGCAAGGGAGACAGAUUCGAGGAGAUUCUGGCCGUCUUCUCGUCGGCUGUACUCAAAAAAGUGGUAGCAGAGCAGCAGUUACAUGACCCACGAAGAAGACAUCCCGCCCUGGCGCAAGCACUGGCACUCGAGGAUCGUGGCUACUCUGGUGACCGAUCAGAGCUCACAGCUCUCAUAGUCGCCCAUAGAGCCUCUCUCUGCCGUACCUUGAAAGACAAGAAAGCGACGAGAGAGCGAUACAGAGAGUUUUCAAACUUGUUGAGAAUCAAAGAGCAAACCGUUGCUGAUCGACGACAGCGAGUCCAAGCUUCGCAAAGGAGACGCCAAAAUGCCGGGAGAGAGAUCUCCAACGAUGUGAAGUUUGAUGUAUGGCGGACUGUGCGACAUAACUGGUCGGGUAAUGAGCGGUGGUUGGAGACACUCUUACACGGUGACAAAAACACCCGAAUCGACGGUGUCUUGUCGGCGCCUUUUGAUCGAGUCUGGCACCGUGUUCAAACUGGUCGCAUUUCGGAGCUUGAAGACAAGUCAGAUAGUUUGCUGGACGAGCUGGACGACAGAGUGAAGAGCCAGAAGGAAAGACUCCAGAGAUGGCAGACUUUCCGUCAGCAGAUGUUCGGAAAAACCAGCAAGGACUCUACGACCAAAGAGUCCGCCCCACAGCCUAAUCCGAAGGGAAUCGAUCUCGGACUCAGGGGACAUGAGGCUUUGCACCGCGGACGAAGUGCGCGAAGGCUUACUCUCCUCAAAACUGUAACACCUAUUGAGCUAGGGGGCGAAUACAAAGAACUACUCAAUGACUUCAAGUCCGAGUUAUCUAAUAUCGACCCUAAGCUAUCCAAUAUUCCAUCCUGGUUACAAAGGCCAAGAGAGCCGCCACGACAGGAGUCUGAUACGGAUGUGAUUUCCAAUGUUAAUGAUGACGAUAGGAACCUUGCCGCAGCACCUGCUCGAACCUGUCGACGGGAGUUUACAGCAGCCGAAGAUAUGUCAUACCAACCUAUACUGGAGAAGCCGAAGAGUGUCCACGACGAUGGAGAACCACUGGCCUAUUCAAAUGCCGUCUUCGCUGGAAUUCCAACACGGUCGCGACAAUCAGCGACUCUUUCAUCACAACAUGCCAACGAUUUUGAGGCAGCCGAGGGCUUCUCUUGUCUAACAAGGAAUCAGCAAAGACAAGAAGCUACAAACCCAACACCGCCUCAGUCUGCAGUUUCGCCCCCACGCCGUAGGCCAUCUUUGAUCUCCACUAAGGAGAAGCAGCCAGAAAGGCGUGACCGGCCACCCACACCACCGACUGAGGGAACUCGCCGACAAUUCAGCUCUCACCCGUCUCCCGAACCACAACAACUAGCCGACCAGAUCUUGGCGUCCGUCAAUACCGCCUCACCUUCCCCCUUGAACAAACCACGGUACAUACUUUCACUGGCUGAACGCACCCGCCUCACCCUUGCUCAGUGCAAUUCGCAGGCCGCUGCCGACAACGAUGACGCCUAUGGCGACGCAUAUGAGGAAGAAGAUACAUAUUUCUCGCCUGUUCGUUCUGCGUCUCACAAACGCUCACAUACCAUCUCCAGUCCCUACAAAGCAAGCACACCAGGUACACCAGGCGAUAGCCACAACGGCACAGGAGGAGCAGGAGGAGGAGGAGGGGCAUCAACCUACGAAGAUCUCAUGACCCGCACGCGUCGUUCCAUGGCCAACUUUGAGUCCGCCCAAAAGAAGGCUCAAAUGGAGAGGAGACGGUCGGAACGCAAGUCGAAGCAGCUGGCCCCGCCGUCAUCAAAGGGCGGAUAUUUCCCUGCCAUGGGCGAGGAAGAAGAAGAAGGAAAGUCGGCGCUGUUGCUGGCGGAGGAACUGCUUAGUGCGGGCCAGGAUGUGGAUUACGAUGCUGUGUUUAGGAGCAGGCCGAAGAUUGCAAGAGGUCCGACGCCAGGGAAGGAAGAUGGAGGAGGGUUUGGGGAGUGGGAGUAAGGUGAUCAGGGGUACCUAACUGUGUCUUAGUUUGCCACUGUUUAGCUACAUAUAGUAAAGGAGGUAAUUCUGCUGU